AUUUCUGAGUGAUGGAAAAACUUUUUAACAGCGCCUAUCAAAUGGCAAUGCAUAUGCAAUCUUUUUAAAAGCACACAUGCGCAUUAGUAAAAAUGAGGCACACGUGUUUAUAAUUUUGUCUAACCUCAAAUGUCUAUAGUACAUGUCAGAAUAUAACCUUACCUUUAGUUUCCGUAUUUUUAUUAAUUUUAUUUAUAAUUUACCUUAUUUUUUCCAAGCAAAAUGAAAGAAAUAGAAUCGGAGGAAGUUGUAAGCGUUGGUUCUCAUGUUAUAGUGCAGAAAUUAAAUUAUAAAAAAGUUUACCGAGUUUCUGAAACUGGCUCACUAGUUCUAGGUAAAGAAGAAAUUAAAAUGAGUGCUAUCAUAGGAAAACCUUUUUGGACAACUUUUAAAGUUAUUGCACCCCAAGAAAAGCGCAAUGAUAGAUCACAGAAAAAAUAUCCGCCUUCAACUUUAGUCGUAGCAGAUAAAUGCGAGUCUUUGGAAGAUUUGAAAAAUGAUGUAAAAAGUGGUUUUGAUAAUCGAUCCAUUAAUGAUGAUGGAAAGUCCCAAAAGCUGUCAAAAGACGACAUUUUAGGACUCCGAGACGCUGGAAAGUCAGGACGUGAGAUUGUUAUAAGUCUUAUAGAGAAUAAUGCAUCGUUUAGAGAGAAAACAGAAUACUCUCAGGAAAAGUAUAUUCGUAAAAAAGAAAAAAAGUAUUGCCAGUAUCUUUCGGUUCAUAAACCAACGCUGUCAUCGUUACAUGAGAUUUAUUUAAGACAGGAUCCAAUAAAAAUUUAUGGACUAAGAAUGGAUACGUUGGCGCAAAUAUUAUGCUAUAGCGACGUUAAAUGUAAUGGUACAUUUUUAUUGUACGACAGUGGAUCAGCUGGACUUGCUGCGGCAGGAAUAAUGUCUAGAAUAGGAUCAAAUACUUCUGGAAAUUUAAUUUACCUUCAUUCUGGAGAUCACUUGCCACAAAUGCCUAUUGUGCGGGCGAUGAAUUUUCCUCAAGAGCAAUUGGAUAGAUUAACCGUUGCAAGUAUUUUUGAUUUUCUUAAUAACAGUUAUAAGAAUACAACGGAUAGCGAAAAUUCAGUUAAAUCGCCUAAGACAUUUAUUGAAUUGGAUAAAUUGAUUAUGAAAAAUGAGGAAGGUUCUACUGCGCAUGAUGAUUUAUUAUUAGAUAAUAAGACAGAUGGUUGUGAAGAAAAUAAAUGUGAUAUUGCAAAUUUUAAAGACUUAAAAAGGAAAAAUAAGGAAAUUUUACAGGAUAGUUUGGUUGUUAAGAAAUCGAGAAAAGUUUUAGAGAUAGAACGAGCUGUUGAACUUUUAUCUGCUGCUAAAGCUGACAGUUUAACAAUCGUUGCGAGGGAGCAUCCUCUAAAUAUUGUUAAAGAGCUUUUGUUAUUUUUGAAAUCGUCUAGACCGGUUGUUAUUUAUCAUGCGCACCGAGAGCCAUUGGAAGAAACGUACAUUGCAUUAAAGCAGCAGAACAAUAUAGUUAAUUUAAGACUUUUUUCAAAUUUUUUACGUUCGUAUCAAGUGUUGGCAGACAGAACGCAUCCAGACAUUUUGACAAAUGAUUGCGGUGGUUAUAUAUUGACUGGAUAUAUUGUUAAUUAAAUAUUAUGAUACGCAUUAAUAAUUAAUCUGCUAU